AUGCGAAAGCCAGCAAGGGAUAAUCCAUGGGCGACCGGAUCUCCCGUUCCUGAAGCAAAUGAUGAUCAGGAUGACAGAGUGAAUGCGACAGCCGAAAAGCUGAAAGAUUUACAGACUGCUUCCAAUGCUGCCCACACAGAUAUUCAAACAAGCAAAGCAUCACAACAGAAAUACAGCUUGACUUCAGAUGAACGUGAAGGCGAUUACGAUUUACCAAAAUUAGGCAAACCUGCUGCUCGAUAUUUUAACUUUAAACCAGGCUAUCUGAACUUGAACAAUGGCUCAUAUGGAGCAUGUCCUCAACCGGUGAUGGAAUAUGUGAAACAGCUACUAGACCAACAGGAAGAAACUCCCGACAAUUGGCGAUACAACGUGAUGGGUGAUUUAGUAGACGAAGCAAAAGCAAGUAUAGCAAAGAUUGUCAAUGCUGAACCAGAAACGAUUGCAUUAAUCCAAAAUGCAUCAACAGGAACAAAUGCGGUUUUGAGAGAUAUGAUCUUCAAAGACGGUGAUGCGAUCUUGACAUUAUCCUGCACAUACGGCGCUGUCAAUAAAACGAUUGAUUACGUUUUGGAAAAUGAAAGAUUACGUGGAAUAAAUGUCACAAAUGAAGUCGUCUCGAUAACUCUCCCAUGCAAACACGAAGAUAUGCUAGCAAAACUGCGUGAAAGCAUUGCAAGUGUGAAGAAAGCUGGAAAGAAAAUCCGAAUCGGAGUUGUCGAUACAAUCUUUUCUAGACCUGGUGUACGUCUGCCAUGGGAAGAGAUGGUUGCCAUUCUGCGAGAGAAUGGUAUCCUCUCUCUUGUAGAUGGAGCACACGGAAUCGGAGCAAUUCCAAUCGAUCUCAAGAAAGCCGAUCCUGACUUUUUCGUUUCGAAUUGUCACAAAUGGCUAUAUGCUCACAGGAGUAAUGCGUUCUUGUAUGUGCCUCUUCGCAAUAGACACAUUCAAAGAUCCGGUAUGCCCACUUCAUUCUGCUUCACACCAAACGCUACAUCCGAAAAUAAUACUUGGUCACAACAAUGGAUGUUAAAUGGAACAACAGAUAUGUCAGUCGCACUUUCCGUACAAGCCGCGAUUCAAUUCCGUCAAAAGUUGGGAGGAGAAGCAAGGAUAAUGAAUUACAACCACGAUUUAGCCGUUCGCGGGGGAGAAGAAGCAGCAAAGAUUCUAGGAACUUCAGUGAUGGAUAAUGAAGAUCAUUCAUUAACAGCCUCGAUGGUAAAUAUACGAUUGCCAAUCAUUUCUUCACGUAUUGCAAAUGGAAAUACGCAAGAUCCCGUCGCAUUCGAAAAAUGGGCUCAAAAAGCGGAAUCUUGGUUCUUUAAAUCUUUGUUUGAAGAAUUCAAAUGUGCUGCUCCCGUUUUUGCACAUGACGGAAAGAUUUGGGUUCGAAUGAGCGCUCAAAUAUGGCUUGAUAUUGACGAUUUCAAAUAUUGUGCUCGUGCUUUAUUGGACCUUUGUAAACGUAUAAAUGAGGGGCAGGUAACCGAUCUCAAAUAA